CAGGCACUACUUGUACUACGCGUCACAGCCAAUGCGCUUGCAAUCUCUCUUCUUGAAAACAUGUCGCCCAUGAAGCUGUGUGUUCCAGGUGACAAGCUUUGCAGCACAGAUGACUGCAUACCCGGUACAGGCGUGUACAUGCGUCACGGUUACAUAUUUUCUUCACUAGCUGGCUAUGUGCUGAAAAAAAACGAAGGCGAAGAGUUACCUGUGAUCUCAGUGGUGAGGGAAACAGAAACGCAGCUACUGCCAGACGUAGGAGCCAUAGUCACCUGUAAGGUAACCAGCAUCAAUCCCCGGUUCGCAAAGGUUCAUAUACUCUACGUGGGCUCCACACCACUGAAAGACCGCUUCAGAGGCACAAUCAGAAAAGAAGAUGUGCGCGCAACAGAAAAAGAUAAGGUGGAGACUUACAAAAGCUUCAGACCUGGAGACAUUGUGCUGGCCAAAGUGAUCUCACUGGGGGAUGUUCAGUCCAACUAUCUGUUGACGACAGCAGAGAAUGAACUGGGCGUGGUUGUGGCACACAGUGAAGCAGGUGCCCAGAUGGUACCCAUCAACUGGUGUGAGAUGCAGUGUCCACGCACGCACACUAAAGAGUUCAGAAAAGUAGCGCGGGUGCAGCCAGAGUAUCUGCACGCAUGAGGGGAGGGCCGCAGCCCUGACGCAUCCCUCUCUUCCACACGGAACACACAGCUUCAUCACCGGCAUUGUCCUGCUAUCCUGAUCCCCCCCCCCCACACACGUCUUUAUCUGAACUAACGGACCAUCUUCCUGUAGUUGGCCUGCUGGUCUUUAACAACCUGCGGACGCAGAGCACGCGCUAUAAUAUCUAGACAAGCUUGAAACAGUCAAAAGUUCCCAUGAUGCACAGGCAUUUGGUCUGGUGUAUUUAAACAGUUCAGAGUCAUGUAGGGGACGGUAUUAUUUCAAAUAAUAUUUAAGUAAGACUUGUGUGAGAAUACAUGGAUGUCUUUCUGUACACAUUUUGGUGAGCAGCACCACUGAAACAAUGCUGCAUGCUGGGCACUUCGUGUGUGGAGCAUUUACGCUAUGAAAGUUGCUGAUAUACGUUAAGUUGAAUAAACAUGGUUCAAAUAGGGUGUUUUUUUACAGAGUAAGGGAGUCAAGGCCUACACCCAAGGUUUUUUCAGUCAAAUCUGAAUUAAAUCAUAUUUUUGAAGUACUGACAAAUGCAUUCUUGUGGCAUAUUCUCAAAAGUCAUGUUUUUUUAAUUUGCAUUGUCUUAUAAAUCCCCAUACACGUCAAAAGCAGAACGUAAAUAAAGUUAACAUAAGUUCCUA